AUAUUAAGUUAUCGUCUUUACAGCUAAUUAACUGCAUAAGGCAGGAAACAAUGUUUGCCGAUAUGUUUUAAUUGUAAUCAUAUAUAUAAAAUAUAUAUUAUAUAUAUAUAUAUAAAUUAUCAUUUAUAUAUAUUAUCAAAUAAACUAUCACUUUAACAUUGUUUUUCCAUAAUUUCUUGCUUGAUGUUCCUAACAAUUCAUGAAUGUGUUCACUGAAUUUAAAAAUUAGUGAGGUGUGCAAGUGUACACCUGCUUGAUCUGAUUUGAGGGAGCUGAUGCUCGCAACUCGGAGAUCAUUUUUUUAUUUUGUGUUUGUUUAAAAAAUUAAAUUAAACAAAUAUGGCUGCUAAAUUGUUGAAGAAAUAUUUUCUUAAAGUGACUCUUGAUGUCUUGGCUUGCACACUUGCAUUCUCUCCAUGCCUAGCGUUGUAUGCACUGAACAAACCAUUCAGAAGAGGGUUCUUCUGCAACGACGAGUCACUGAAGCAUCCAUACAAGGACAGCACAGUUGACGGGACCAUGAUGAUCGUCCUGGCAAUCAGUCUAGGGUUUGUUAUGAUUUUUCUCUGCGAGUUAUUAAUAUAUUACCACAAAAAAGAGAAGCAAGAACUCCGACAGCACAUCCCUGCUAACCAGCACCUCCCAUAUUUUCUGAUGUGCGUGUACCGUUAUUUCGGCAUGUAUAUGUUUGGCAUCAUCAUUCAAAUGACUGUCACGGUCAUUGGCAAGUACUCCAUUGGAAGACUCCGACCUCACUUCCUCUCCCUAUGCAAUCCAGAUUACUCCCAACUGAACUGCACAGUACCAGGACUGAUCAGCGACAUCUACGUUUAUGUUGAGAGUUACACGUGCGUCGAUGAAAAAAGCAGGAAUGCCGUUGAUUCCAGGCUCUCCUUCCCAUCAGGUCACUCAUCAUUCUCGACCUUCGUAGCCGUCUAUCUGGCUAUUUACUUGCAGGCUCGAUUCACAUGGCGGGGUGCAGCCCUCCUGAAGCACUUGUGCCAGGCUGCCCUCAUCUACGGGGCCUACUAUGUCUGCCUGUCGAGGGUCAGUGACAACAAACACCAUCCUACCGAUGUCCUCGCUGGGGCAUUCAUUGGAUGCUUCAUUGCUGCUCUGCUACAGCAACACAUUUUUGUUACUCAACAGCAGAUGAAAACAUUCCACCGCCCAUUCCGUACGAGCAGCAACAACAAACUCGUCCGAGAUGACGUCAGCAUCGAAGAAGCUCAACUGCUUUCCAUCAACAACAGUGAAGUAUCAUAA